AUGUCCGCUACAUUUAUGGCUCUGGGACAACAACCAAAAUUGAUUCGUGAGAGCAUCAUACAAUCCAUGGAUAUUGAUGCUCUUAUAUCUGCAUCGUUCUCCUCCGAAGAUGCAUACAACAUGAUCCGAAUGCUUAUCUGGAGACUUGAAAACACUACUGUGAAUUUUCAAGAAUGUUAUGGAAGGACUUAUAUUCAGUGUAGCAGUGUUGGAUUCACCGAGAAAAUAGCUCAAUGGCAAUUGAUCCGUGCAACAGAGGGAAACUUUACUGCGAAGUUGAGAAUCAAUAGCACGGUGUAUGAUAUCAGGUUGGAACUGGAAAUACCAUCAGUUAGCUUAUCUGCAUGUUUCAGAGAAUUUGAUCCAGCCGCUCAAAAUACCGAUUCAUGGAACAACGAAGAUUACAAGAAGUGGUUUGUGACUCGCUCGAUGAGACUCUUCUACGAUCUGUUUGGAAGAAUCCGUGGUAUUGCUGUCGGUAUGAAGUGGAUGCAGUUAAGAGAUAUUCCAUACUACACUUUCCCGAAACAUUGUGUCAUGCUUGAUGAGCAUGCGAGUGCGAUCGACAUCACAUGGUUCUGUGAUCGAUUCAACGGACGCACUCUCAUCAUAGAUCCGAUCAUUAGAGGAGUUAUUGAACCAAACUCAAACAUGAUGAAUAUUAGUCACUUGUUUAUCAAAGAUGCACCAUGGUUUACCGGUGCUCAUUUGCAAAACUUCACCGGAAAGAAUGCAUUUGUUUUCAAUGCACAAAUCUACACUAAUGACGUUGUUGAACUUGUGCAGCAGUGGUUGGAUGGAAGAAACAGAAGACUACGUACCGUUGUUAUUCGUCCACAAUCCGGAAUCCCGUUUGACCCAGAGGAUGUCAAGAGAAGUCUGAAACUUCAAUCUCGUGAUUGGGAUCCAGAGGAACGUGAUAGAAAUUUCAUAUUCCGUGAAGACUGGAAAAUGCACAUGCUAGAGCCAGAUGUAAGCCUUCUCGAUUGUUCCACAGGACAAGACUUCUAUAGAGAAAGUGAUGGAAUGCUUGCCACCCUCCAUAUGACCAACAGAACCCUCUGCUUCUUCGUUUGGCGCAACCGCUUUCCUCAUCUCGCCGAAAAUAAUUAA